GAACGUUCGGAAACGGAUGCCACCUGGGUGUCCCGAAGUUGAUGCGCAAAAGGAGAAAGUAAGAUUGCGUAAGCUGGGUGACGGCUGUGAUCAACAAAGCAAAAUACCAUUCCGCCGUGAGACUGCUGUUUCCACUUCUUUUGAGAUGGAUCCAGUGUUUGUGACGGAGACCAUAAAUUUCAUGAAAAAAGAGUUGUCAAAUCCAAACCCAAGCAUGGAAAAAGUCAAAGAUGCCAUGGAUCGAACAACGCAGGCUAGGAGAAAGUGCCUAGAAGUGGAUUCAAUGAAUAUACAAGAUUUCCUGAAGUUGUAUCCAGCUCUGAUGGUUGAAAAAGAAAUCUUGAAUGAAUGCAGCCGUCCGACAUCCAUUUCACCUGACGAGUCCCUUCUACAAGCACUUCGGCAGCAUGCUGAUGGAAUUCUUCAAGCAGCGCAAUACAAACGACCUGCAUUGCCUACCUACACCUCAGUCACAACAGCCAUAAAAAUGUCACAAGGAAUCUCCAAGAACUGUGCAAGAGGAGUUGGUGCUCUCAUUCUGUUGCCAUUCCUCUUGAAUGAACGUGGGGAUGACAUCUUUGCACCAUUGGUUGACGGAAGGACACGCCCGUACCCAACAUUGAUCUUCACUGGCGAUAACGUCAUGUUCUCGGAAGGACUGAGUGUCACGUUCGAAAAUGUGCAAAUUGAUGUGCUUGAUGUGACGGCUGGUAUGUCUCUGUUGUUUUCCAUGUAUUGGGCUUAUAACAUUGAGUAUGUACAAUCUGCUAAACAAACCUUCGCAUUGCUUGAGCACCUGAUGGGUAUAAAAAGGACCAAGCUUUCAACUAGGGCUAUUAAAGUGCUCACCAAGCUUAAUGCAUGCGCAGCUGAAAGACAGCAGUGAAGGGCUAUCAAGGUGGUUAAAUGCUCUUCUAAAAUUGUUUCUGCAUUUUAG